AUGGAGACAGACAUGCAGCGCGUGAUGGUAACUUCUUACCUUGAAGUGUCAACAGUUGACAGUCAAACGUGGAGUGGUGAAGAGAGGGGGCGGAUUGAUGAACUGACCCGCACAGACUGGAAUUCGACGGCCUACUGCAGGCAAGCGUUCCGUUGCCGCGUCGCCGGCGGUCCAGAGUGUCGAGGUGCCGAGCAAAGCAGAGAGCUGCUCUACGCUUGGCAGGGUGCGAAGGAUUUCCUGUCCAAUCAAAUCAUUUACUUUUACCUGUUGCUCAUGCAGCCAAAUGCACAAAAACAAAUCGAAGACAUCAGGCACAUGCGCUCCAUUUCGUGUGCACUCAAGUCGACUGGCAUCAAGAAUAGUCGGGUGGCAUGCCACAUCCUGCUACUAGUGGCUUGCAUUGUCAACAUCCUCAUGAGCAUGUCUUCAAAGUGGCACGACCUUGAGAGUCGCAUUCUCUGCCUGAGAGACCUGCAGAGUCUGCUGCUCAUUCUGAUCUAUUUCAUUAUUAUGGGCCAGGAUGGGCGAGUGCUCGAGAAAUUCUGCGAUAUCAUGGACGAACAGUUUUCCGGCCGAAUCGAGAUUCAGCAAUUUGAUGAGAUAAACAGGAACUUCAGAGUUGCUAACAGCUUGAAUGUGAAGAAAUACUGUCGCAACUUCUUAAUAUUUUUGUUGGUUCGUAAUUCGGCCAUGGCAUUUGUGCCGAUGAUCUAUUCGAUUUUGCUGGUGAUUUCCGCGGUGAUGAAAGAUGACUACGAGAAACUGAACCACCUACCAGUCAUCAUCAACUUCCAUUACCCUGAACGACACGCUGCUGGCAACUGCAACUGGCUCUCAAUCUUUUCGCUACUUAUUUCUAUGUGA